AGUGCGUCACUUCCGGUCUGUUUGUGUCGGCGCUGAAGUAAAAUGGCUGCAGCAACUUUGAUAGAAACCUCUUCGAGUAGAGAUGCUAUUGCUGAAGGGCUGCUUGACCUCCUGAAACCUGCGAUUCAACAGCUGGAUUUACAUGUCCAUUCAGUCAGAGAGAGCCAGGUUGAAUUGAGAGAACACAUAGACAAUCUGGCCACAGAAUUAUGCAGGAUAAAUGAACAUCAAAAGGUCGCUCUAGACCUGGACCCAUAUGUAAAGAAACUGCUGAAUGCAAGGCGUAGAGUGGUCCUGGUGAACAACAUUCUGCAGAAUGCUCAGGAACGUUUGAGGCGACUCAAUCACAAUGUGGCGAAGGAAACAGCCCGAAGAAAGACCAUGCUGGAGGCUUCGGGGGUAUUCACCUCCCGCUCCCCCAGUAAACCCUGAUACUACUGCUGCUGUUUUCCACAGCAAAUACUGAAGUGUCUCAACCAAGAAGGACGGAGAAAUACUGGAAAAUGAGGAUGACAAGUCGGAGGUGCACGUCUGUCAGUAACACGGAACAUGAAUGCUUCCAUUUCGGAAUAAAAUCCAACAUUCAGUUUGUGUUCAGAUAUGUACCCGGUCCCAUUGAUAAAGUGAGUAAUACAUAUGCCUAAUAAUAAUAAUGCUCCAUGUCCAUUAAUUCUUCAGCUGAUGUUGAGACAAAUAUUUCUAUACACUUAACACACUAAGUGUCAUAGAAGUUCAGAACAAACAUGUCUGAUGAUGACACUGGUCUGGCUGAUCAGGUGGACAGUUAUCCAGACUUUUCUAAUUGGUAUUAACACUGCUUUCCAUGAUUUUCUCCCAUGUGCCCAUUAUGUAUAAAUCUCUGGUUCCGUAUCGGUACACAGCCCAGUGCUCUUGAUGUGAUUUAAUAUUAUAUGAUAAUAAGGAAUCUGAUAGCACGUGUUGUCUUCAAGUUUAUAUGAUAUAACGUCUGUUUUUCACAUGUAUUAAGGGUUGUUUAUAAAAUAUACACUAACAUGUGUUCUGUACAUAUAGAAGACUGGGAACUAAAGGGGCACAAGUGACAUGUAGGGCAAGUAGGAAAUCUUUUCUCUCCAAAAAUGACACAACUGAAAUGACAAUUAUUAAUGAUGAUAUGUUUGAAGAUGAUGAAACGAUGGUUGUAAUUAAAAGAAACCUAAAAACAAACAUGGGCAAA